CUAGCUUCUCUAUCUCGAUUUUUGUUCGCUAAAACUUAUUUGAUGCGCCUCACAGAGGUAAAGUGAAUAACUUUGCGCGCGACUCAAAAGUACACCAUCAACCAACAUACAAAGGCUUGCGCUUGGGAUUGAACGGAUACAGUCGUGUUGCGGCGAGUCCUACCAUCAUGUCGACCAGCGCCGUCACCGUCGAAAAGAAACAAGAACCCCAAGGCUUGCGCAAAAAUGGCAAGCAAUGGCAUGUCCCAAAGAAGGCAUUCCGGCCAGGUUCUGGUUUGACUUCAUACGAGAAGCGAACAAAAAUGCGCACGGCGACGGCCGCGACUAAAGCGAGGGAGAAGGAGAUGAAGGAUGAGAAAGAAGCGGAGAGACAGCAACGAGUACAAGCCAUUAAGGAGAAACGGGCAGCUAAGGAAGAAAAGGAGAGAUAUGAGAAAAUGGCCGAAAAAAUGCAUAAGAAACGAGUCGAGCGUCUAAAGAGAAAGGAAAAGCGCAACAAGCUCCUCAAUUCAUGAGCCAUGCCACCUGGGAUAUCUUACGAAAUAAUCGCUUAGAUCAAUAAGCAUCCACUCGAGUACGAAAGCCUUACGUGCGGGAAGAGGACAGCCCACGCCAAUAUAUCCUACCAGCACAGCGAUUAGGCGGAGA